GAUAAAUAUCUCACUCUUGGUAAAUCUUCUUCUGGACGGAAGAAAUCAGUGGGAUCUUCUUCUAUAUCUUCGUAUGCACAAUCACCCAAUGAACUGUCACCUAAAACGCCAGGUAAGAAGACACCAAAACCUUCACCGGAUGCUCAACCCUCUCGAUCCGCAGCGGCAAGAUUCUUACGUCGUGUAGUCUCUGCUCCCAAUGCCAAAGCUCUUCUCAAUCCUACGGAUAUGCCACCAGUACCUCCUGUACCUCCUCUGAAGGGCCUCAAAACACCAGUAGAAAGUAUCAAAAUGCCACGCGAAUCAAAUUCGAAGUCAAAUGGGAGUACAAAAAUGGCAAAGUCUCCCAAUCCUACCGAAGUAGAUUUGACCGUCUCACCUACCGAAUCCCCUCUCCCACAUUCUCUAGCACCAUCAGGGGCUAACACACCUCAUGGAUCACCAUUAGCUUCCCCCAAUUCGGCAUUUCCAUCCAGCUCCUCUGCCAGUCUACCACACAGGGCUCAGAGUUCAAUCCAAGGUCAGGGUCUUUCGGCUACCGGAACACGAGGUGCAAGGGCCUUGACAGUAGGUGCGGCAAGUGGAAGGGCGAGGGAGAUACAGGCUAGCCUUGGUGUAGGACUAGGACUUAAUGAUGCUAUGGAUGGGAAGGAAAGUAAUCAUAAACAAGUGUUCAGAAGGACUUAUAGUUCAAAUUCGAUCAAAACGCGAUCGGUCGCUGUGGGCCCAUCAUCUUUCCAAAAGAUAAAGCUGCUCGGUAAAGGCGAUGUGGGUAAGGUCUAUCUAGUACGGGAGAAAAAGACGGAAAAAUUGUAUGCCAUGAAAGUUCUGUCAAAAGACGAAGUUGUUAAACGGAACAAGAUCAAACGUGCAUUGGCCGAACAAGAGAUAUUGGCCACUGCCAAUCACCCAUUCAUCGUAACGAUGCACCAUUCGUUCCAAUCGCCGGAUUAUAUAUUCUUUGUUCUCGAUUACUGCAUGGGUGGAGAAUUUUUCCGUGCAUUGCAGACCAGACCUGGCAAGUGUCUGGAAGAGAACAGCGCCAAGUUUUAUGCCGCGGAGGUCACUGCUGCGUUGGAAUAUCUGCACCUGAACGGAUACAUAUACCGGGAUUUGAAGCCUGAGAAUAUCCUUCUCCACCAAUCAGGUCAUAUCAUGUUAUCCGAUUUCGACCUUUCCAAACAAUCCAACGAACCAGGUGGUGCACCUGCUGGUAUCAAGCAAGGAGGACCUAAUGGUUCUCUUCUCGUUGAUACCCGAUCGUGCAUUGCAGACUUCCGUACGAAUUCGUUUGUCGGUACGGAAGAAUAUAUUGCUCCAGAGGUUAUAAGAGGUAAUGGACAUACCAGUGCUGUGGAUUGGUGGACCUUGGGAAUACUGGUUUAUGAGAUGAUUUACGCUACGACCCCGUUCAAAGGUCCGAAUCGUAAUGCAACAUUUGCCAACGUCUUGAAAAACGAAGUUUCUUUCCAAGACGGUCACGCGGUUUCUAAUGCUAUACGCAAGUUGUUGAUAAAAGAUGAACAUAAACGUUUAGGUUCUAGUAGUGGAGCUAGUGAGAUAAAAUCACAUAAAUGGUUUGCUAGUAUAAGCUGGGGAUUAUUGAGGCAUAUGACACCACCUAUCGUCCCAGCCGAAUCUAACGGUAUAGACGCUAUAAACUUUCGUACAAUCCGUGAUUCCAAAUCUCUCGAUUUUGAACGAUCUCCCAUUUUAGGUGAUAUGAUUCACGCUCAAGCUGGUUCACCAUCAGUCAGGACGGGAUCAGCAACACCGGGAAUGUUGACGCCGAAAGAAUUGAAUAGCGAGGUUAAUCCAUUUGGAGAGUUUAGUAGCGUUACGAGGGAUGUUGGUGAUUGGUGAGGAUUUGUGUGUCUCUGAGUUUUGUUUGUAUACUCAGUCAAAACUUUGGAAGAAAGACUCUUUACACGACAUGUUUCUUCCGUUCUGCUUCACUCGACAGAAUAUCGAUUUUGCUAUUUCACACGACUUCACUCGAAUUUUCAACCCCACAUGAAAUGACUGGAAACCAUCGUACUCGACAUGGAAGGGUCAGGAAAAGGGGAUGUCCUCAUGGGGAGUUAGUGUACGGAAGUCUUCUUGCUUCGUGUGAUUGAAUGGGGAUCUUAGAGAGAGGGGAAAGGUGAGGUAGGUGUUUGAUACAUGUUGCCAUCCAAUUUGAAAAUUUAGAGAAUGCGAGGGAGAAAGAUGAGGUUGUAUAUAGAAAAAAACAAAAAUGUUGAUAAGACUGUUUGAAAAAAUCUGCAUUGAUAACAUUUCG